AGCAUCCAAAAUAGAGAAGUCUGAACAAUUAGCUGGAUGGAAGAGAAGAUAAAGCACUUUUCUGUGGUUGAUUCAAGCUGAGGUUGACAAAUUACUGUGCGAGAUCUGUGAGAUGACACAGUCUCAUCUAACGGAGAAGCAGCACCUGGGCUAUGGCUUAGUUCGUGAUUUCAUCAGUGAGUACAAGGUUGAAUGUCUGAAGUCUCCUGGGUUCUGCAUAACACGGCAGAAGAAGUAAAUGAAACUGAAUUUUGUAGGGUUAGGAAUGAAAUUGUGGUUCCAAAGAGCUUGAAACUGGGAGGAGUGUUGCUUUGAAGAAGGUUCGUUUUGACUCUUGAUUACUUCCCAUCUACCCUGCAACUUAUAGCUAGUGUGUGAAUAUAUGGAGCAUGACAUUGCUGGACUGCUUUCUUGCCCGGAUGUCAGCAGAUCAAGUGUUCCAAAGGUGGAAUGGCA